UUUUGGCUGAAUUUCAUUUUGGCCUUUAUUCGCCAUGUCUUCCACUGCUACCGAUCGUGUCGCUCAACUUGUUGCUCAUUUGAAUAAGCAAGGUGCAUUGCUUACCGAUAAAGUGUGCAUUGUCACUGGGGCGAGUUCAUUGUUCGGAAUCGGUCGUGCCACGGCUUACACACUCGCCAAACGACUCCCCAAAGUGAUUUAUGUGACGGACCUGACUCUGGAUAACUUGGAUGAACUAGCUAAAGAUAUCACAUCAAAAUACCCCGGGGUUCAAUGCAUCGCCCGUGCCGUGGAUGCCGCCUCGACCUCGGCUGUUCAGGCCAUCGUGGAUGAGGCCAUGCAAAUUUUUGGUCGCUUGGAUGUGUUUGUAGCCAAUGCAGGUGUAGCUUCAGGAUCGCGCUUGCAGGAUGAGGAUGAGGAAUCAUUCAUGCGGAUGAUGCGCAUUAAUGCUCUGAGCGCGUUUUUGGCGCUUAAAAUCGCCGGAGCAGCUAUGCAAGUGACGGGAAAAGGUGGAAAGGACCGAUCGGCCGGAUCGAUCAUUGCUACUGCCUCUGUGGCUGGUAUCCGCUCAGGUGCUGGUUCACCUGAAUAUUCCGCUUCCAAGGCAGCUGUCAUCAAUUUAUGCCAAGUGGGUGCUUGCCAAUUCGCUGGUACAGACAUUCGCGUAAAUGCCAUUUGUCCGGGUUUGAUCGAGACUGGCAUGACGAAAAUGACCUUUGAUUAUGCACGCAACAAAGGCACCGCGCAUAAAAUUGGUCAAUUGAACCCUACCAAGCGUUAUGGUGUGGCUAUUGAGAUUGCCAAUGUAAUUGCCUUUUUGGCCAGUGAUGAAGCUUCGUAUUUGAAUGGUCAAGCCAUUGCUGUGGAUGGUGGGUUGUCGUCUAGUCUCCCGAUUGUCCCCGGUCGAUUUUUUUAAACAUUCAAAAAUGGGAAUUGUAUUUUCUUAUAAAUCUAUACUA